UUCCGUCGACUUCGCGUAAGCGCUUGACGUCAGCAUAACAACAACCUGUCAUGACAGCUCUUAUGGGAGAAAAAUAAUCGAAUAAGAUUUGAUAUUGGAUUAUAUGAAGUCAGCUUCCGUUUGAUGUAGGGCUUCUUUUAAAAGUUUUGGAAAUCCAGGAGGGACGGGGCAUUCUUGAACCUGUCCAGUUAGCCAGCCGGAGAGACGGGGAACAGGAUAGGGAAGCAGGGCGAGGCGGGCCCCGCGGAGCCGGUGGAGAAGAUGGCCGGCAGCCCGGAGAAGAGUUCCACCGCGCAGGAGCUGAAGGAGCAGGGGAACCGGCUGUUCCUCUGCCGCAAGUACCAGGAGGCUGCUACAUGCUACAGCAAAGCUAUUAACCGUAAUCCAUCUGUGGCAGUGUACUACACCAACAGGGCUCUCUGCCAUGUGAAGCUGCAGCAGCAUGACAAGGCUCUGGCGGAUUGUAAGCACGCGCUGGAGCUGGACAGUCAGUCAGUCAAGGCCCACUUCUUCUUGGGCCAGUGUCACCUGGAGCUGGAGAACUAUGACGAGGCCAUUGGCAACCUGCAGAAAGCUUAUAACCUGGCAAAAGAACAAAGGCUGAAUUUUGGAGAUGACAUCCCCAGCGCCUUGCGCAUUGCUAAGAAGAAGCGUUGGAACAGCAUCGAGGAGAAGCGAAUCAACCAGGAGAACGAGUUACAUGCCUACCUGACCAAACUCAUAUUGGCUGAGAAGGAAAGAGAAUUAGAAGAAUACAAAGAAAAACAGGACGACAAUCAAAGUGGAGGCGAUGCUGGCAAGAUUGCAUCAAAACAUGAUAAGUAUCUAAUGGACAUGGAUGAGCUGUUCUCUCAAGUGGAUGAGAAAAGAAAAAAGCGAGAGAUUCCAGAUUAUCUGUGUGGUAAGAUCAGUUUUGAGUUAAUGAGGGAGCCCUGCAUCACACCCAGUGGAAUCACCUAUGAUCGCAAGGACAUUGAAGAGCACCUACAGCGAGUGGGUCAUUUCGACCCAGUCACCAGGAGUCCCCUGACCCAGGACCAGCUGAUCCCCAACCUGGCCAUGAAAGAAGUGAUUGAUGCCUUUAUCCAGGAGAACGGCUGGGUGGAGGACUACUGAAGGGGGCCCCGCCCCUCUUCCCAUUUCUCCAUCAUACCCUGAUGACUCAACACAAAGCCUGGACAACACAAGACUUUAGCAAACCGAUCACCCCUUGCCUGGAUAUGUACUUUACACAAGCGGGGAAAAACCACACUAGACUGGACUACCGAACAGGAGCCGUGUAUCUCAGUCUGCCUCUCCUCCCCACAUCUUCGCUGUAAAACUUCCCGCUCCAAACAUACAAGGCUUGGUGUUCAUGGCCUGCUGCUCCCUUUAAGACUCCUCCUUCAUUCUACUCUUUCCAUACUGUCUCUCUUACAUCCUCUUCUUUUCUGUCAUUGCUGUUUCUCCUCCUCUAAGCCUGACUCCUUUCUUUGCUCAAAAUAAGGGGCCAAAUUCUCAGGUCUCUCUCGCCUCCUCCCUUCUCUCUUAUCGCUAUGUCUUUCUAUCUCUGAGUGCCACAAAAUCCUAGGAAAACAUCAGCAUUGCACUCCAGUGUUUUCAUACAUACCACCAAUAUAAAACAAAUCCACAUUUUUGAUGGCAGAAUUCAUUAAGACAUUGACCUUUUUAUUUGGCGAUUUUUUUUUUUUUUUCUCCAGUAUUUCUUUCAUUAAACAACAUCAUCGGAGCAUUUGCCCUCAUUUGCUGAAGUGGUGACAAAAAAAAUGCCAAAAUCCUCUUCUCAAUGAGGGUGACCAGUUUGUAUGCAAGGUUUACAUGAUGAUCAUUGAAAAAGAGCGUAUCAUAAGUGUGUCAGCUGGCAUGAUCGGAGGGAACCAAGUCCUUCUCCACCUCCAGGCGGCGCUCCAAACACACCCACCCGUGUCACCAUACUGUAAGAUUUUGAGUAGUUCAUUUUUUUUCUUUGCAUAUCAAUCACACCCCAAAUACAGACAAUUGAAAUAAGUUGAAUGUAUGCAUAAUGUAUUCUUCUGUUUCACCUACAGUAAUUCAAAAUGUUUUUUAUCAGGACAAUGUAAGAUUUUCAUGAAAAGCGGCCUUGAACUGGAUACAGAAAAUGAAUGAAAAUGACCGCUACAUAACAAAAAAAAAAAGAAAAAAAAAAAGUUUUCACAUUGCUGGAUAUUAAUUCAAAAAAAUGUUGAAGUGUUUGAAAUUUUCAUAGAUGACAUCAGCUGGCAGGGUUGAUGCUACAAUGUGCUUUUAAAGAAUGGUCUUUGUGUCGUUCAUAGAAGCAAAUAUGUGCUCGGACAUUGUGCUGUUUGCCUGGAAUGACAGUAGAUGCUCACAUCAAGCAUGAAGUGAAUUGUUUCUUUUCCUUUGCAAAGGCAAGAAGAUGAUUUUUCACACCCUGAGCCUCUUGCUGUUAAUUUUAUACACCUCCUUCUCCUCACAGCGCCACAGUUAAGAAGAAAAUGGUUGCAACGACUAACGUAAAAGCGAUCGGCAGUGUGAAACUAACUUUAAGUAGUGGAAUAUCCUUCGACAAGGAUUGAGGUUCACUAGCAUCACUGUAUCGACCUCCUCCGUGUUAGAAAUGCUGGAAGAGUUACGACCAUCUUAUCUCAUCCAUACCUCAGUCCGAGUUUUUUCGCGUGCUGGUUCCCCGGCGGCCUCUGUAAAACACAUUUUCAGUUCAGUGCCAUUAGUUUACAGGUUGUUUCAGCUGAAUGUGUGUCUGUGGUGAAUUAGGCCUGUUGGUGGUUCGUGUCGGGGUGCAGACAGUGUAAAUAAUUUGCUUGUGUAUCUCAGAUUUUAUUUCUUGACAAAAUAGGUUUCUUUGUUUUUUUCUUGAGAAAUCCUAGAGCUUGAGAAACUGUAUUAAAUGUAGAUAUGUUGAUAACAUAAAUGCCUGGUUCAGUUUUCAUUUGUCCCCAUUAAACCAUGAACUUUGA